GACCAAUCCGCGCGCUGCUUCCUAGGUGUGAGUGACAGACAGACAGACCGGCCGGUGCCUGGUCAUUGUGUGGCUGCUGUCAUCAUGUCGGCGCUGUCUGUGGAGAGUCAGAUAUUCUAUGCCGUGCUGCUCUUCUCAUGGCUGGUGUACGUGUGGGAGGCCUACCUGGCCGGCCGGCAGGUGAGCAGGGGAGACCCUGGCCGAGCGCGGCCUGCUAACUACAGGGAGGGGCGUGUUCCGUGUGAGGAACGGGCCAAACCAGCCAGUGGGUUUAUACAGUCACUGUAUGGAGGCAGGGGGCACAGCCCACAUAACAAUUAACCACUGUGGUACUAACGGCUGGCUGGCCGGCAGAGCAUCAUGGGAGUUGUAGUAACACAGCAGAAGGGGGUCUGCCUGUGGCCACAUAUGUUCUACCCUCAGUCUGGCUGGCUGUGUAUUGGAGGGUUAUUACAGUGUAAUUUAUCCUCCAUUGUAGACUCACAUGUUUCCUAAACUAGAUGUGAUCAGGGAUUAAAGGACCACUAUAGUGCCAGGAAAACAUACUCGUUUUCCUGGCACUAUAGUGCCCUGAGGGUGCCCCCACCCUCCGGGUCCCCCUCUCGCCCGGCUCUGGAAGGGGGAAAGGGGUUAAAACUUACCUUUUUCCAGCGCUGGGCGGAGAGCUCUCCUCCUCCGUUCCGCCCCGUCGGCUGGAUGCGCACGCGCGGCAGGAGCUGCGCGCGCAUUCAGCCGGUCGCAUAGGAAAGCAUUAUCAAUGCUUUCCUAUGGACGCUUGCGUGCUCUCACUGUGAAAAUCAGUGACAAGCACGUAAGCGCCUCUAGCGGCUGUCAAUGAGACAGCCACUAGAGGAUUUGGGGGAAGGCUUAACCCAUUCGUAAACAUAGCAGUUUCUCUGAAACUGUUUAUGAAAAAAUGGGGUAACCCUAGAAGGACCUGGCACCCAGACCACUUCAUUAAGCUGAAGUGGUCUGGGUGCCUAGAGUGGUCCUUUAAAGGACCACUAUAGUGCCCUGAGGGUGCCCCCAUCCUCAGGGUCCCCCUCCCGCCGGGCUCUAGGGUGAGGAAGGGGUUAAACUUGCCUCUUUCUCCAGCGCCGGGCGGGGAGCUCUCCUCCUCCUCGACUGAAUGCGCAUGCGCGGCAAGAGCCGCGCGCAUUCAGCCAGUCUCAUAGGAAAGCAUUCACAAUGCUUUCCUAUGGACGCUGGCGUCUUCUAACUUUGAAAAUCACAGUGAGAAGCACGCAAGCGCCUCUAGCGGCUGUCAAUGAGACAGCCACUAGUGGCUGGAUUAACCCUAAUGUAAACAUAGCAGUUUCUCUGAAACUGCUAUGUUUAUAGAACAAAGGGUUAACCCUAGAUGGACCUGGCACCCAGACCACUUCAUUAAGCUGAAGUGGUCUGGGUGCCUUGAGUGGUCCUUUAAAGAAAUGUUAGUGUGAAAGAGCAUCGUGUAAUUAUAUCAGCCAGAUGUUUUACAUGAUGCCAUUAGCAUGCAUUGAUUCUGUAGGGCUUUGAUCACUAAACACCACAUUAACCCCAUUAAGGACCAGACUUCUGGAAUAAAAGGGAAUCAUGAUAUGUCACACAUGUCAUGUGUCCGUAAGGGGUUAAAGGACCACUAUAGGCGCCCAGACCACUUCAGCUCAAUGAAGUGGUCUGGGUGCCAGGUCCAUCUAGGAUUAACCCUGCCUGCUCUGAAACUAUGUUUACAUUAGGGUUAAUCCAGCCUCUAGAGGCUGUCUCACUGACAGCCGCUAGAGAUGCUUCCGCACUUCUCACUGUGAUUUUCACAGUGAGAAGACGCCAGCGUCCAUAGGAAAGCAUUGAGAAUGCUUUCCUAUGGACUGACUGCGUGCGCGGCUCUUGCCACGCAUGCGCAUUCAGCUAAUGACGUCCAAAUGUGGAGAGUCCCCAGCGCCACGGGAGUGGGACCCUGGGGUGGGGGUUUGUUUCCUGGCACUAUAGUGGUCCUUUAAUAAAUGAAUUGAAAGCUGACUGAAGAAAUAAGACAGAAUUGACAGUUUUGAAAAAUUAUCCACAUUAGGUAUAGUCAGUGCUUGGCUGUAGAGUUCAUUUUUGUUUUAUGAAUAAAAGUAGAACAACUUUCUUGUAUAUUCCCGUCAAAGCUUUUACUAAGGUGAAUGCUGUGUGGGUAAGUAUUGGGAAAUAAAAACAUGGUAAAAGUGUAUUCUACUGUAUUUUUUUUGUAUUGCUAUUAUGGUGCGCACCCAUUGCAGAGCAUCCUCACUGGCCCAGACAGCACCCAUUGCAGAGCACCCUCACUGGCACAAAGCGCACCCUCACUGGUACAGACAGCACCUAGUGCAGGGCACCUUGAUGGGCAUAGUCAUCACCCAGUGCAAGGUAUUCCUGUGCACAGACAUUGCAGGGCACCCUCAUUGGCACACAGUACUUGGUGCAGGACAGCACCCAAUGAAGGGUAUUCCUUGGCAGAGCAGCGUUCAUUACAGGCACAUUGAUGGGCAUGCAAUGCAAGGUAUUCAUUUGAACACACAGCACUCAGUGUACUAUGCACAUACAGCACCCAAUGCAGGGCUCCCCAAUGGACCUGCAGCGCCCUCGGAGGACCGGAGCUCUUGCCCAUUAUUCUAGACAGGAUGUUUUUACCAGACACAAUGUUUUUACUUUAAUAAUGACUGUUAAUAAUAAAAUAAGCUAUUUGCUUUUAGUAAAAUUGAAAAACAACUAUUUUACCUGCAGCUCCAUUGUGUACUCCUCUCGCGAGCUUGGAACGUUGCCGUGGUUACCAUGGCAACACUCCACUCUUGCCACUCUCACCACUGGGACCACCAGGGAUUGUAAGCAAUGUUUCCCCCUCCCUCCUUGCUUGUUUUUUAAAACCGCUAGAAACUUUAUAUUUGCCUUGAUCUGCUUCCCUCCCUAUCACACACACAAUAACACCCUACACAUUCACACAUUGCCCCCCUCACACAAACACUUCUCCACACAUACAAUGCCCCUCAUACACACAAACUGCACUCAUCCCUUAAUCCCUAUCAGGGAGUGUAACGCCCUAUGUACCUGUGGUCAGGGAGGGGGAAAUAAAAUAAAACAUUUUUAAAUGUAAUAAUGAUAAAAAAAAUUUAUUUAUAAAAUACUCACUAACAAAAUACUCUCACUGCAUCCACUACACACAAACAUAAAAAAUACUGACUGGCAUGUAUAUUUUGUACAUUUACCUUUAAAGGAGCACUAUAGUGCCAGAAAAACAAACUUUUUUUUUUUUUUUCUGGCACAAUAGGGUCAUUAGGUCCCACCCCACCCUCAGGGUCCCCCUCCCGCUGGGCUGAAGGGGUUAAAACCCCUUCGGGCACUUAACUUUCUCAUGUGCCGGGCUCCCUCUGCUGGGUAGCUCUCCACCCCCUGCCGACGUCAGAUCCGCAUGUGCGGAAGUGCCUCUAGUGGCUGUCAGUGAGACAGCUACUAGAGGGUGGAUUAACCCUCAGUGAAACAUAGCAGUUUCUCUGAAACUGCUAUGUUUUCAGCUGCAGGGUUAAAACUAGAGGGACCUGGCACCCAGACCACUUCGUUGAGCUGAAGUUGUCUGGGUGCCUAUAGUGGUCCUUUUUAAUAAAAAUAAAAUAAAAAAAAUUGCAAAUAAAUAAACAUGUUCAGUUUACAGUAGAUUUGUGUAGAAAUGUUUUUUUUUUUUUUUCAAAACGGUAAAUGUACAGAAUAUCGGUAUCUGUAAAUUAUUGGCUAUCAGUCUGAAAGUUCCCAGAUUAUUGGUAUCGGCUCUAAAAAAAAAUCCAUAUCGUUCGAUCCCUAGUAGAAUAGAAACGUGUGACAUAGCAUUUGUUUUUGGACUUUGUACCUUAUAUGAUAUUCUUCCUAAGUCUAAAUAAAAAUAAAUGGGGGGCGGAUGAAACAAACAGUAUGUAUGAACCGCUAUAUAUUAUGCCAGUGUGACUGAAGUUUUUUCCCACAUCCCUGCACCUUUUUAGUGAAUACAAAGUAUUUAAACAGACCGCUUGGGCCAUAGCAUAUGUUAUAAUUUCAAUGUGCCACUUACACAAAUAUACAGCAUAUUCUAUUGCGAAAAAUGUGAAACAUUAUUAGAAUUCUUAUUUAUAUCCCUAUUUCAGCGGAAGAUUUACCGUACCACAACACAUGUACCAGCAGAACUUGGAAAUAUCAUGGAUCCUGAAACAUUUGAAAAAUCUCGACUUUACCAGUUAGACAAAAGUACCUUCAGCUUUUGGUCAGGAUUGUACUCUGAAGCAGAAGGCACCGUAUGUAACACUAAGCAUGUCCUCCAGCACCCUAUUUUGUGUUUUUGUUUUUUUGUUUUUUUUUUAAUAAUGGACACUAUAGUCACCAAAACAAAUUUAGCUUAAAAGUUUUGGUGUAUAGAUCAUACCACUGCAGUCUUGAUGCUCAAUUCUUUGCCAUUAAGGAGUUAAAUCACUUUGUUUAUGCAGCCCUUGUCACAGCCCCUUGCAUGUGAAUUGCACAGUCUUCCUAAACACUUCCUGUAAAGAGCCAUCUAAUGUUUACACUUCCUUUAUUGCAAAUUCUGUUUAUUAUUAUUAUUAUUAUUAUUAUUGCCAUUUAUAUAGCGCCAACAGAUUCCGUAGCGCUUUACAAUGUUAUGAGAGGAGGGUUUAACUAUAAAUAGGACAAUUACAAAAAAACUUACAGGAAUGAUAGGUUGGAGAGGACCCUGCUCAAACAAGCUUACAUUCUAUAAUCUAUAUAUUAUGUGUGUGCAGAGAGUAAUUGUGGGGCCCGUGACAACCAUCAUGCUUGUCACCCCCUGAUGGCGGCCCUGUGUGAGAGAGAGGUUAAUCUGGGAGGCCAUAAGCUUUCAUAAAGAAAUGGGUUUUGAGGCACUUCUUAAAGGAUGUAAUGAUGGUGGUAGGCAGGCUAUUCCAUAGGAAGGGAGCCGACCAUGGGAAGUCCUGCAUGCGUUAGUUGGCUGUACGGGUGCGGACAACGGACCGGAGGUGGUCACGGGCAGAGUGGAGAGAUCGAGAAGGGACAUACAUAUGGAUCUGUGAAGAGAUAUAAGAGGGGCUAGAGUUGUUCAGUGCUUUAUAGGUGUGAAUUAGUACCUUGAAUUGACUCCUAUAGCAUACAGGAAGCCAAUGUAAGGCCUGACAGAGGGGUGAGGUGUGAGAGAACCGACUAGAGAGGAUAAUCAGUCUUGCAGUAGUGUUCAUUAUGGACUGUAGCGGUGCAGUAUGGAAUUUGGGAAGACCAAUCAGAGGGUUACAAUAAUCCAUGCGGGAAAUUACUAGAGCAUAGACAAGCUCCUUGGUAGCAUCUUGCGUAAGAAAGGGGCCGAUGCGGGCUAUGUUUUUAAGAUGGAAUCUACAGGAUUUGGCAACAUAUUGGAUGUGAGGCUCAUAGGUGAGGCCAGAAUCAAGUAUGACGCCAAGACAGCGUUCUUGCAAGGAUGGACUGGUGUGGGUACCACAAACUUGAAGGGAGAGCGAAAGAGGAGGAUCAGUAUUAGGAGGAGGAAAGACAAGGAGCUCAGUUUUAGAGAGAUUGAGUUUCAGAAAGCGGGACUACAUCCAGUCAGAGAUGGAAGAAAGGCAAGCAGUGACAUGUUGCAAGACUGCAGGGGAGGAGAGAUAUAUCUGGGUGUCAUCAGCGUACAGGUGGUAGUGGAAUCCAAAAGAGGCAAUAAGUUUGCCAAGAGAGGCAGUAUAAAGAGAAAAUAGAAGGGGACCAAGGACAGAGCCUUGGGGACUCCAACCGAGACAGGAGGAGGUAUCAUUAGAAAAGGAGACACUGAAUGAGCGUUGGGAGAGAUAAUAGGAAAGCCAUGAGAGGACAGUCACAGAGACCGAGCGAUUGAAGAGUUUGAAGAAGGAGAGCAUGAUCAAUGGUGUCAAAGGCAGCAGUGAGGUCAAGAAGAAUUAGUAUGGAGUAGUGGCCUUUGGAUGUGGCUGCGAUUAGGUCGUUAGUAAUUUUGAGCUCAGUCUCAGUAGAGUGGAGAGGGCGGAAGCAAGAUUGAAGAGGGUCAAGGAGAGAGUUGGAAUUGAGGAAGUGAGACAUACGGGUAAAGACAAGACUUUCCAGAAGCUUUGAGGAAAAGGGGAGCAGGGAUAUAGGACGAUAGUUAGAGGGGGAGGAUGGGUCAAGAGAUGUUUUUUUUUUUUUUUCAGGAUAGGUACUACAGUGGCAUGUUUAAGGUCAGCAGGGACAAUGCCAGAAGAGAGAGAGCAGUUGAAGAUGUGUGUUAGGGAAGGCACAAGACAAGUGGAGAGAGAUCUAAUAAGGUGAGAUGGGACAGGAUCGACCGGGCAAGUGGUGGGGCGAGAGAGAAAAAGAGCAGCCACCUCUUGUUCAGUAGCUGGGGCGAAUGUCUGAAAGGUAGGAAAGGCAUGAUCUAUGUGUGGUUGAGAAAGGGAACGGCAAGGAGGGGAGAAUUCUUUCCUUAGCUGUUUAAUCCUGUCGGUAAAGUAACAUGCAAAGCUAUCGGCAGUAAGGUUAGUUUGGGGGGUGGCCACAGCAAGGCGAAGAAGAGAAUUAAAGGUAUCAAAGAGACGCCUGGGAUUACGGGAGCAUGAACUAAUGAGAGAGGAAAAGUAGGACUGUUUGGCGAGGGCAAGGGCUGUGCUGUAUGAUCACAAUAUGAAUCUAUAAUGGAGAAAGUCUGACUGGGUGCGAGACUUCAUCAUUAUCACUUUCUCUGUUAAUUGCUUUCUAGAACCUGCAGGGUCUUCCUGUAUGUAAUUAAAGCUCAAUUUACAGAGCAGAAGAAAAAAUACUUUUAAAGUAAGCUACUAGUUGAUUGAAAGUGAAACAAUUUUUUUUUCAUGCAGGCUGUCUGUCACAGCCAGCGAAGGUGUGGUUAGGGCUGCAGAAACAAUAGUGGUUUAACUCCUUGAUGGCUGUGAAUUGAGCAGUGAGAUGACAAGGGCAUGAUCUAUUCAGCAAAGCUGCUUCCUUAAGCUAAAGUUGUUUGGUGACUAUAGUGUCCCUUAAGUAAACAAAAAAGCUAUAACCUAAUCUAAUAACAGGCAUGUAUUCCCCAUAUUCUUCACAUCAGUUGUCUUUUUGUUAAUUUUCUUUUUUUUUUAAUGGUUUUAUUUGUUCAGCCUCCAAUUUUUAUCUGUCUACCUCUCUGAUGCUAUCUGUUCACUCCUGUUGUAUGUCUUACUCUCCCUUGCUCUCACCAAGACGGGUGUAUUCAAUUUAAUGUGCCCUGCACUGUGAGUGGAGAGAAGGCAAGACAUGUUAAAUUUAUGCCUCCUCCACUCACAUCUACUGAGCUUUCCACGCUGAUAGACCAAGCACAGUAGAUUGAUACCGAUGGGGUAUUCAAUCUGGUGCACUACAAUACAAAGCUGGGAGGUGGGUGCUGUGUACAUCUACCUUCCAGCUGUAACUCAUUACUGUUAUAAAAAAUUUGAAACAACGGGUCAUGCUAUCUUGCUAUUUAAAACUGAAAGGGGCAGUACACCUAUGUAAUGGGGUUCCUUCACAGACCACAAAGAAGAAUAGAAAUAUACCAUAAAAGGUAUCGCCAAAUCAUUCUGUGCUUCCUUUCUCUUCUUUUUUUAUUGUAACCCAUUAGUGUUCCUGCCCAUUGGGUACCCAAUGUGGCUUACUCUUUUUGUGAGUCAGUGGAUUUGAUUUAAAUCACUAGUGAGUAAGAUUUCAUUUUAAAUCAUUUUUAAAUGUAAGAUGUUGGUUGUUAUAAUUUUUAUUUGCAACCAGAUGAGAAUUCCAUAUUUUUUAGGAACAUUACAGUGCCAGGAAUAAAAACAUGUAUUCCUGACACUAUAGUUCUAAAUGCGCUGUUUAGGCUACUAGCCACCCUUGCACCUGUUUAAAUAGGUGUACAGCUCACCUUAUUUCCAGUGUCAUGGUGGUCUCGACUGGCCCUGCUCCACCUUCUUGGCUGAGAUCAGCCAAUUGGGAAGCAAUUGCGCAUGCGCAGCAAAAUGCUGCACCGAUCAGCAUCUCCUAGAGAUGCAUUGAUUAAUGCAUAUAUUUGUGGCAAGCGUUCAGUGCUGCACAUUGUGACUGCCACUAGUGGUGUUUCUAGCCUAGGCAGUAAUGUAAACACUUUCUCUGAAAAGGCAAUGUUUACAUUAAAAAGCGUGCAGGAGCAUACUACGUACACCAGAUACAUUUAAAUACAUUUUUCAUCUAAAACCUUUUGUAGUAAAAUUACAUUUAAAUCAAAACACAUUCAUUUUUGUGUACAUUCUUUUCAAUCAACAGCAGAAACGUGUGUGUGUGUGUGUGUUUGAAAGGCUGAAUCUGAUGGACAUGUCUUAUUUAAGCAUAUAUUAAUGUAACUUAAAUUGCUCUUUGUGUUUCAUCUAGCUCAUCCUUGUGCUAGGAGGCAUUCCUUUCUUGUGGAACACUUCUGGACAGAUCCUGGCUCAGGCUGGCUUUGGUCCAGAAUAUGAGGUAGGUCUACAAACAGGAUUCCAUCAAAUAUUACAUCUAUCUAAGAUUUUGAAGCAUGCAACUUUAUUUUAAUUAUCAUCUCCAUCUUCUGCUGUUUUUUGUUUUAUUUAUUCUUGUAUCCUUUUAGUCCAUCAAAUAUUUUUUUUUUUUUUUUUAUCUCCCACAUUAGAUUAUUCACUCCUUGGUCUUCCUUCUUCUGGCAACUUUGUUCAGUGCCUUGACUGGUCUUCCAUGGAGCCUUUACAACACUUUUGUCAUAGAGGAGCGACACGGGUUCAACCAACAGGUAAGAUUUUCUUUUUGGUUUGACUUGUGCACCAUAGUGUUGUAAAAAUGUUGAGAUUGUGUUUGAUGUGUUAUUCUAUUGUAUUCCAUAGUGUGUAAUUUUUUAAUUUAUUUUUUGUAAAGCAUCAAGGUAAACUUUAACAGCAGGUGCACAUAAGCUGUUGUGGUUCUGGUGACUAGUGUCCCUUUAAAGCCACACAUUGCCUGGCACACUAUAAUAAGAAUGCAAUGUUUAGGCCGCAAUCAUUAUUUAUUAUUAUUAUUGCCAUUUAUAUAGCGCCAACAGAUUCCGUAGCGCUUUACAAUAUUAUGAGAGGGGGAUUUAACUAUAAAUAGGACAAUUACAAAUAAACUUACGGGAAAAAUAGUUUGAAGAGGACCCUGCUCAAUCGAGCUUACAUUCUAUGGGAGGUGGGGUGUAAAACACAUUAGGACAGGCUGUCUAUAUGUGACAUUAUCAUUUUUUCUUAAUUUUGUACACUUAAUGUGAUGCCUACCACUCUCUGUGGGUUUUUGUACUAACAGAAGCGGCCCUGCGGGGAGACGAAGCUCCAUAAACCAAGGUGAUUGAAGUACACUCAUUCACCUUUCUAUUGUAGACUGCAGAACAUAUGGUCCAGUAAAGCUAGAGUAAUUGCUAGAAUGCUGUUUUUUAACCAAAGAGGUGUUUGUUUGUGGAGCUACUAUAUUUGGUAAAUGGAAAUGCAUUGAAAGAUUCCUAUAUCUGAGAUAAUGCUGCAGAGGAGUUAGUGUGGUGAUGCUAGACAUAUUUAGACCGUCUGGGUUCUGCAAGGCUAGUUUUGCAAACUCCAGGCUUGAAAUAAGUCGUUCUUAAGGUUCUUAUGAAAUAAAUCCGAUAAUCGUUUACAUCUGGAGUAAAUUUCAGUCAUGGUGAUGGAGGGGAUUAUCCCUUCUUCUCACUAUUAUUCACUUUCUGAAGUAAUUACAGAGUUUUAAGAAUAUGUGACACCUGGAUGGAAUUGUCCUUUGGCACCCACUGCUAUUUUUAAAAUUUAAAGAUGACACUAAAAGCAUCAUAGCUAUUAGGGCUUAUUGGGGGGAUCUGGUGUGCCCAGAUCAGCACAGUGAAAUAACCAAUCAAAAAAUCAAGGGUAAACAAGUGAAAAGUGUUUUGGCUCCCACUGGAAAAGUUAGUCAUUGUAGAUUCUUAAAAUCUUUUCAGAUUUGUAUUUUAUUAUUUCUUCAAUAUGUGGUCAGGGGUACAGAAGGAAAAAGGGUAUGUUAGCGGGGGGAUACAAGGUUUCAGCAUUUGACAUAACCAUCACAUCCACAGAAUUUUGCGGAACCUGAGGGAAUACAUGGGGGGAUUGGUACAUGCAUGCAUUUCGUCAUAGUAAAUUAGGUAUACGCGUAAGCUGUUUAAUUGUUAGAUUGUGUACACUGUCGCCUAAGCGUCCAUGUGGUCUGGCUCUUAAGUGAGAGCCGUGCCAGGGAAUCCUCCCGUAACCAAGUUUGUGUGCAUGAGUGGUCUGCUGAGCCAACGUAGUUAUUAUUGUAGGCUGUACAGCCUGUGGUGGUUCUUGCGCUAAUUAGUCCCAGGUAUGCGGGUUAGGAAGUGCCGGAGUUAUGCCUCAUUUUUGAUGAGUACGUUGGUGUAUAAGUGGGUAGCCCCAGUGAUAGGGCGAAAACUUGGUAGGGGAUGGGGGGGGGCUGGUUAAGCACGGGGGGGGUGAGGGAGGGGAAGGGGAGUGGUAGAGAGUACUGGUGGAGUGUGGUACAAGCAUUGUUUGUGUACUGUAUGAGUCUUGCCCUCAUCGGAGAACAGGGUCUUGCCUGGGUACGCCUCCCUUUUUGUCCACCGCCCCCUCCCAGUCUCCCCAGCCCAUAUCAAAUGCAAGUUUUUUUUGUGGGGAUAUUAUUGCCAUUCUUUCAUAGAUUUUGUAUUGAGUGAGUUUGGUUUGGAGUUGGGCUAAGGACGGGCAGGUCUGUGAUUUCCAAUGUAGUGCUAGCAAGUUCCUUGCCGCCAGUAUUGUAAGGGCUGCAAUCUGUUUUUGUGUUAGGGUGAGGUUGGCUGGGAGUAGGAGCAGGAGGCACGAGGUUUUUGACAGUUGGAAUUUAGGGAUGUGAAGUUGGUCUAGUGUCAUUGAUACGGCGGUCCAAAGUGGUUGGAUACUACCGCAAGACCACCACAGAUGCUCCAAGGUCCCUGUAGUUGCGUUGCACCUCCAGCAAGUUUUGGGCGUAUUGGGGUAUAUGCGGUGGAGUCUCUGUGGAGUCAUGUACCAACGGUAGAGGAGUUUUUUGUGGGCCUCAAUGUGCAUGUAGCACUUUGUCCAUUUAGAGAGACCGUUGAGGGCGCGUAGCCAGUCGCAGUCCGUCAGUGCUAUCCCGCAGUCUGUCUCCCAGUGGAGUUUGUAGGGGUGCGAUGUGGGUGUUGAGAGUUCCUGCCAUGCCUUGUAACAUAGCGUGAGUGUUUUGGGUUUUGUGGGUGUUGCCCAGCAUCUAUCUAGGAGUAAGUGAGAGGUGAGUCUAGUCGCGACUGGUAAUGUAUGUAUUGGAGGUGUGUGUGCUUGUAUCACACUUUUUAGUUGUAGGUAGGAAAAGAUAGCUCUGUUUGGGAGUUGCCACUGCGUUUGUAGGACUGGGAAUGGUAAUAUGCCUUUGGCGUCUAAGAGCUGUGAUAUUGUUGCCACUCCCGCCGUGUUCCAGUCCUUUAAGGGGAAUGUUGGGUACUAUUGUUCUCAAGACUGAGAUUGGGGAUUUGGCGUGUAGUGUGUCCUUGUGGCCUAUAGUCUCCAUAAAGGUGUUCCAUAUGGAUAUUGUGAGUUGUGUGGUUGGGAACAGGUCCGUGCGUUUAGUUCUAAACUUCCUCGGUGUCCAUAGGUAGUCGGUUAGAGACAUGCCUGUAAAUUGUGUUCUUUCCAUGUCUACCCACUGUAAUGUGCCUGGUGUAGCGUGAAGGAGUAUGCCCGUGGAGAGGAUCGCUGCUCUGUGGUAUUGUCUCAGGUUUGGGAGACCCACUCCUCCAAGUCGUGGAGCGGUCUGGAGAAGUGCUAGGGAUACCCGGGGUCUUUUCCCGCUCCAGAUAUAAGCGCCACAUAAUUUUUGUAGUGCUUUACAAAAUUGGGGCGUGAUCCCUAACGGUAUCAUCCUAAAGAUAUAAAGGAUACGCGGGAGGAUCAUCAUUUUGUACGUGUUAAUUCUUCCCAACCACGAGAUUUUUGCGUGUUUCCAUCUGUUCAUUUCCGCUUUACAUAAUGUAAUUAGAGGUUUGUAGUUUAGUUGUGAAGUGGCAGAAAUUGUGGGUGCUAUCUUUAUUCCCAGGUAUGUGAGAGAGUGUGGUUUCCAGUCGAACUGGUAUGAGGUCUGGAGUGUGUCCAGCAAGGGCUUUGGCAGGUUUAUUGGUAGGGCUUGGGUUUUGUCUUGAUUUAGGCGGUAGUAGGAAAUAUCGCCAAAUUCCUGUAGGAGGUCUAACGGGGGGGGAAGGGAACUUCGUGGGUCUGAUAAUGCUAUAAAUAUGUCGUCGGCAAACAAGGCUAGACUGUACAUUUUGUUGCGGAUAUUGACUCCUAGUAUCUCGGGGUGUGUUCGGAUCUUUUGUGCCAGGGGUUCUAGGGCAAGUAUGUACAGAAGGGGCGACAAGUGGCAUCCCUGGCGGGUGCCAUUUGUGAUGGAGAAUGCAGUAGAGAGGAACCCUCCGUGUGAUACUUUCGCUGCUGAGCGAUGGUAUAGAGCCAUAAUGCUAGUUAUGGUGGAUUCUGGAAAGUUAAAUUGUGCUAAUACUUUAGUCAUAUAGGCCCAAUUUAGGCGAUAGAAGGCCUUCUCCGCGUCCAGGGCGAGGAGGAGGCCUGAUGAUCUGUUGGACUCCAAUGUGGAGAUCAUGUUUAAAAAUUUUCUGGUGUUGUCUGAGCCUUGGCCGCCUCUGAUAAACCCAGAUUGGUCGUUGUGGAUUAUUUUAUGCAGGAGGGGGGCGAGUCAGUUUCUGAGAAGCUUCGCGUAUAGCUUGGCAUCUCCAUUUAGAAGGGAUAUAGGCCGGAAGUUUUUGCAUUGUGUAGGGGGUUUGCCGAGUUUAGGGAGAGUAGAGAUAUGUGCCAAGAGCAUUUCUUCUGGGAGCGCACCUGUUGUAGCGCAUUUGUUGACUAGUUGAAGGAGCAGUGGCGCUAUGGUUGGUGAGAAAGUUUUAUAGUAUUCAUUUGUUAAACCAUCGGGGCCCGGUGAUUUGUGUGCUGGGAGUUGAGAGAUGGCUUUCGUGAGUUCGUCUAGAGAGAAGGGUCUUGUCAGGGGUGCUAGGUCGUUUUCUGUCAGUUUGGGUAGAUCUAAGGCAGCUAGGAAGUCAUCUAUUUUGUCUGGGGUUGGUAUGUGCACAUUGGGGUCUUGGUUGAGGUUAUAUAGUUCGCCGUAGUAUUGAGCGAAUUGGUCUACAAUGUUUUGGGGGUUCGUUACUUUUAUGCCCUUGGGGUUAUUUAGGAAGGCGAUCCUGGAGGCGACAUUCCUUUUUUUCAGUUGUGAUGCCAAUAUUGCACCAGCUUUGUUGCCACUCGUAAAGAAAUUGUUUCAAUUUCCUGAGUAGAUAAGUUGUUUUGGCUAGCUCAAUGUUGUUUAGCUUGUUUUGGAGAGCUAGAAGUUUUGUUUUUGUGGUUGGGUUUGGGUCUCUUUUGUUUGAAUGUGUUAGGGUUCGGAUUUCUUCCAAGAGAUUAGUAUACUCGGCCAUUCUCUGCUUUUUAGCGUAGCUGGCAUGUUUUAUAAAACUGCCUCGUAUGACCGCCUUAUGUGCCAGCCAAAUGUGUUCGAUUGCAGAAUCAGCGGUCGUGUUUUCCGCUAUAUAGUGUUGUAGAUCUUUCGUGAUCUGGGAUAUUAUUGCUGGGUCUGCUAAAAGGGAUUCAUUAAGUCUCCAGGAGCCAGAUCCUUUAUUGGUAAACGCUUCUUUAAUGCUAAGUGUAAUGGGAGCAUGGUCGGACCACGUCAUUACCCCAAUUGUCGCUCCUUCUAUUUGGGCCAUCAAUGUGGUGGGUAUGAGGAAUCUAUCUAUCCGAGAGUAGCUGUUGUGAGCUGCUGUAUAGCAUGUGUGAUCUAUGUCUGUUGGGUGUAAAAUGCGCCAUGGGUCUACCAUGCGAGCUGCGGUCAGUGUGGAGCAUAUUUUUGUUGUUAGUGUAGUUCUGUGUCUGAGUGUGCAACUCUUGAUAUAGGCUGUGGUGGAGGAGUCUAGUCUGCUGUCUAAUAGACAAUUCGUGUCGCCUCCAAUGAUCACCUCCCCAUGUCUAUACAUAUCAGUUAGAGCCAAGAUCAUUUGCAAGAACUCGUUUUGGUUUUCCUUAGGGCUAUAUACAUUGAUCAGAGUAUACGGUGCAUUAUUCAACAUACAUUGUAAAAUUAAAUAUCGACCCUUUUUUGUCACUAAUUUUCCUAACUAAGGAGAAGGCCACAUUUUUGCUGAUCACCGUGGAGACUCCUCUUUUCUUAGCUGAGUAACAUGUAUGGAAAUCGUGAGGAUACCAUUUUGAGGUAAAUUUGGGUCUAGAGUUCCAUUUGAAAUGGGUCUCUUGGAAAAAUGCCACUUGUGCCCCACAUUUUUUCGCCUCUUGCAAGGCUAGCCUCCGCUUAUUGGGGGAGUUGAGCCCUUUGGUGUUUAGGGACAUGAGCUUAAUCACCAUCUAUCCAACGUGUUGGGUGCUGUGGCAGGGGUUUGUGUUUCUUAAUCGAGCUAUUGGUUACCCUAACUCGGCGGCAUCGAAGGAUACCCGUGGGGCUUGUGUGCCUGGGAGAUCUAGGUAUUUUGCAACCGUGUAUAUCAAUUAUGCUGUGCUUGCAGAGUACUCUCAGCGGGGGAGUGGUGUGGAGGAGGAAGGGAAAACAGGGGGAGAAACUAUAUACAACAUUCCGUAAGUCACGGUUUGGUGACAUAUGGUUGCCUAAAGCAACGGAGAAGUUGGGCUACUAGAACCUUGGGGGUGUACCACACUGGGUGUGGUAACUGGAUCCCUAUGUGUAGGGGAUCAACAAUAACUUGGGUCGAGUGUAGUGCCGUCGGGUAUUGCUCACCCGUUGCGGGUAGGCCUGUGGCCUUCUGUUAAACCCUUAUUGGGUAUCUUAGGUAAACUUACAAUAUAACAUACAACAGAACAUUAUAAACCUGUACGUUCAGUUCAUUCAUUGGAGGGCGUGGUGCGGCGCUGGGCCCGGAUCUUUCAGGUCCGUGACUUGUCCGGGUCCAUGCGUGCCUGGGGGGCCCUGUGGAUUCGUGACCAGUCUUUAGACAGCGCCUUUGGCACAUGGGCCGUUGCUUGUUUCUUCCUGGGGCUAGUAGGUGGGAAGGGUAUAUUCCAUUCCUGAAGCGCCUUUUUGCCGUCUUCCGGAGUCAUGAUGGGCUUGUCCACGCCGUUUCUUUUAAUUAGUAGCUUCGUAGGAAAGCCCCACUUGUAGGGGAUAUCCGCGUUUCUCAGUGCUUCUGUGAUCGGUGCGAAGGCUCGGCGUUUGAGCAUGGUCGCUGAGGAGAGAUCAGUGAACAGCUUGAUAUCUUUAUAUAAUUCUGGCCAUUUGUUCAUGGUCCUGGAAGUCUGCAUGAUUCUGUCCUUGACAGUGAAAUGGUGUACUCUCGUGAUCGUGUCUCUCGCAGUGUCUGGUGGGAGAUGUUUAGGCUUCGGCAGUCUGUGGGUCCUGUCCAGGAUCAAGUCGCAUUCAGACAGAGAGGGGAUCAGGGUUUUAAACAGGUCUUUGACGUACCUGGAUAAAUCUUGUUGUGAAAUGGUCUCUGGUAUACCCCUUAUACGGAUAUUAUUUCGUCUGCUCCUGUCUUCUUGGUCGGCCACCUUUUCUUCCAAGGAUUUUAGUUUGCGUUCUAAGUCUGUGUAGGCCUCUGUUAUUGUGUUAUGUGCCUCCACCAGCUCGUCUGCCCUGUCUUCCAGGCGGGUGGUGCGCUCCCCCAUGCUAUGGAUGUCUGCCUUGAUGUCAGCGGUCAUCUGAAGGAGGUCAGCCUUAAAUGAGGUGUGGAGCUCCUGCAUAAUUAGCCUGAUUGAGGCAUUUGUUGCUGGAUUGCUGUGCUCUGACAGGCAGUCUCCUGUAUCAGUGCUGUGGGCAGGCGAGUGCCGUCCGUCGGCGCCAUCUUGGAUUUUCGGCUCCGCGGUUUGUGACCGUUCUAGGUGGGGAUUAAGGGUUUUUUGCUUAAAUUUUUUGGUGGCCAUCAGGGGCGUGUUUACCUGAGGGUGUAGUAGGUUAUUGCUCGUUUUUAGGGGUUUUUCAUGCUGUGGUAGCUGCUUUAUUGCCGCGGGCCGGGAGAGCUCCGUUCUUGCACGUCUGCUCACAUGCGCGGUCAGGACACGCCCCCAGAUUCUUAAAAUCUUAAUAAUUUAUUUGGCAAAAUAUAACACAAAAAAUACAAGCUACAGUAAAAAAUAAUUGAAUCUUCAUGCUAUCAGCGUGAUGUGUUUCAUGCAUUAUGUGCACUUCAUUAAGAGGAAAAACUAUUUUGUAAAGGUGGGUAUCAGAGGCGGUUGCACCUAUGGAUAUGAUAUGCAAAGAAGCCACAUCAAUUUGCACAUUCAGACACUAAAAUACUAAAAACUUAAAGUAAAAUUUCCCAUGUUUAACACAAAGGAAUACAGAUGCUGAGAAAACUGCAGUAUAUCUAAACCGUGAAAAUAGCCAUCACUGAUAUAUACGGUUUGUAAAAGUUGUCAGACACGUUUAUCAGUUUUAUUUUAAGAGCCCUAAAAGAGGUACAUCUGUAGAGGUCUUUGUAAAAUGCAGUAAGACACAUACAGUAAUAGUUUAGGAAUAUUUGCUUACACCCUAAUGCUGGUGUAAGCAAAUAUUACAAGUGUUAACAAGGAAAAUAAAAGCACAAAUUUAUCAGAAAAAAAUGUAUACACUUUAAUAUGUCACAAUUUCUGCAUUAAAUAAAUCUUAACACCAUUUUGUUAUAUGUAUUUUCAGACUUUGGGAUUUUUUUUUAAAGAUGCAAUAAAGAAGUUUUUGGUUACUCAAUGCAUUCUCCUCCCAGUCACGUCUCUACUGUUGUACAUCAUCAAAAUCGGUGGGGAUUACUUCUUCAUCUAUGCGUGGCUCUUCACGCUGGUAGUUUCCCUGGUGAGGUGAUUUCUGCAUCAUUUAAUAUUAACUUACAAAAUGGUGAUAACUGUUUAUUACAGCUGUUCCUCAAUGUUCUUAUUGCAGGUACUUGUUACAAUAUAUGCAGAUUAUAUUGCUCCGUUAUUUGACAAAUUUAUACCCUUACCAGAGGGCGAGUUGAAAGAAUCAAUUGAAGCUAUGGCAAAAAGUAUUGACUUCCCUUUGACCAAAGUGUAUGUAGUUGAAGGUAAAUAUCUGUAUUUAUUUUUAGUCAUUAGUGGUUUGGUGGUAUACCAGUGGUUCUCACUGCUUUUAAAUUGUCUCUCCCUUUUACUUUUGAGGUCAGGGUGGUACAGGGUCAAUAGUGAUUGCAGGUUCAUCAUGGCUCUUAUCUCACCUUUUGUGUUACAGCUGUUGUGGGCAAACUGUCAUAUCUACAUGUGCACUAUGUCUUAAAGUGCAUUCAUGUAGGUAGAUGGAUAAAGUACAACACUGAAUCGCACCUCUCCCAUUUCCUUAUUAGAUUUCAAACUGUCAUGUAUUGACCCUUGUGAUCCCCUUUUGUUGUGCCAGUUUAGUAAUAGCUUGGCAUGUGUAAGUUCUAGAUUUUAUAAAAAAAAAUAUAAAAAGUAUCCAUGUGUUUGUAGCAGCAUUGGUGCAUUUACUUCAAUUGGAACUGACAUUUUGUUGGCUUGGGAAAUGUACAGAGCUAUUUUACAUGUACAUACAUUUUAUAUCAACACACACAUAUGCUGUGGUUUCAUUAAUCCUGCUUCCCUCCCCCUUACUGCACACCAUAUCCAACUAUGAAGAUGGAGAGGACAAGGGCAGUCAGUACUGCCUCUAGUGUCUAUAGGGCUAGUAGCAGUCUCCAUGUGAUGGCCAAAGCUACAUCUCACCUUACUGUUCACCCUAUUUUUUUUUUUUAAUCUGUGUCUAUGUAUUAAAGUACUGUAGUUGACUUUUUUUUAAUUUUUUCAUCCUAAGGCUCAAAGCGUUCCUCUCACAGCAAUGCUUAUUUUUAUGGAUUUUUCAAAAAUAAACGGAUUGUUUUGUUUGAUACUCUUCUUGAGGAUUACUCACCACUAAACAAAGAAUCGGCUGAAGAUGCAGGAGAGCAUGAUAAUACUGAUGUGAAAUUCAAACCCAAGGUGAGCUUUGAAAAUAUCAUCCUGAAAUAUGUUAAGUUUGUCUGCAGUGUCUCCUUAAUGUCAUACACUACUUGGUAAAAUUCAGAAUAUACUCAGAGUUGUUAACUAAAUGGGAGGAAUUAACAAAGUAACAUUCUCUAACUCUGCAUUUUUUUUAUUUAUUUUUUUAAAGGACCACUCUAGGUACCCAGACCACUUCAGCUUAAUGAAGUGGUCUUGGUGCCUGGUCCUUCUAGGGUUAACCCAUUUUUUCAUAAACAUAGCAGUUUCAGAGAAACUGCUAUGUUUAUGAAUGGGUUAAGCCUUCCCCUAUUUCCUCUAGCGGCUGUCUCAUUGACAGCCGCUAGAGGCGCUUGCGUGCUUCUCACUGUGAUUUUCACAGUGAGAGCACGCCAGCGUCCAUAGGAAAGCAUUAUGAAUGCUUUCCUAUGUGACCGGCUGAAUGCGCGCGCAGCUCUUGCCGCGCGUGCGCAUUCAGCCGACAGGGAGGAGAAGAGGAGGAUCGGAGGAGGAGAGCUCUCCGCCCAGUGCUGGAAAAAGGUAAGUUUUUACCCUUUCCCCCUUCCAGAGCCGGGCGGGAGUGGGACCUUGAGGGUGGGGGCACCCUCAGGGCACUAUAGUGCCAGGAAAACGAGUAUGUUUUCCUGGCACUAUAGUGGUCCUUUAAGCAUGGUUUAAAUGUGCACUUCCCAGUUUCGAGAUUAACCUAGGCAGAUGAACUUAUGACCUAAUUGUUAGCUGCAAAUUCUUAACUACUUAAACAGGUGAAAAAAUGGCACUCUAAAAAACUAUUUUAAAAGGAUGUAUACCUAAAAGUCAAUAGCAGCACCUUAAGUGUUAUGCACAAUAAAAUCAAACUUGUAACUUUAAACAAUACAAACAAAGUGCGCUGUGUCUUUAAGAUCACAAAAUUUAGUGCAAAUUCAAACACUUAUCUUGUGCAAAAAUUUUAUAUAUACAUAAAGUGCACAAAAUGCCAUUUUUGACACUAUCUUUGUGCUUGUGCUACAUUAAUAAAGUGUAAAGUGCAGUGGGAAAGAUGUGCAAAAAGAAUUGUAAACACGCUUCAAAACUUACAAAUAAUAACUUUCCGCAAACCCACGCAGAGGGAUUCCACAAAAUGUAGGUUGGAUAGCCAUACAUUAACCUAAAAUAGAGAGAGAGAGAGAGAUAAUUAAUACAUAUUUCGAGGAGUAUCCACUCACAAAUAUAGAGCAGAUGAGUCUGCUCUAACUGGCUCCAAUAUGUUCCCAAAGGAAUGCAGGCAAACAUCAGGCUGUAGUAGAUAUAGAAAACAUGGAAUUUUUGAAAUUUGGAAUAAAAAUAAUUUCUACAUCUAGAGUCACUAGAGUACAAAUUGACAAAAAUUAAACGUUAAAGAGACACUCUAAAUACCAAAUGAAUGAAACGUGCGCUGAAGGAUGAAGGCGAUUGCAGCACGCAAACCUAAUAAUAUUACUGAACUGGAGGUCGGUACUUAUGAACAAUGGGCUAAGAUUCCUCAGGACCGCUGCCACAAGCUGGUGUCUGGCUAUGCAUCUUGUUUGCAGUAGGUCAUAACCGGUUGCUCUACUAAGUACUAGAGAUGCUUGCCAUGAAGGGGUUGAAUACUUUUGAGCCUGAAGAAGUAAUUAUUAGUUGCAAUUUCAGUUGAAUUUGAGAAACCACUUGCAGCAUUUAUUGUGUUGAGCUAUUACAAUGGCUUCUGUUCAAUUUGUGCCUUGCAAAUAGCUGAAAGUCUGUAAAUUGUUUGACAAUAAAACUUAUUUAUUAUUUAUGGGGGUUGAAUACAUUUGGUUACAACUGUAUCUUCCAUAAAAUGUGUUUAAAGCUGAUCUCACACAUUCUGGGCCUCUGCAUAUUUAGCAAAACCCCUGAUGGUGACAUCGCCGCUUGCUGUGUGGUGCCUCAGGAGUGCUUCGAAAAGUAUGUUUUGCGUAACUGAGGAUCCUUCUUCAUUGGAUCCUCUGAAGCUCCUGUAGCUUAAUCUGUUAGGAGUCCACAUUAUUAUUAUUGCAACUUAUAUAGCGGCAACAGAUUCUGUAAUAUUAUGAGGGGGGAUUUAACUAUAAAUAGGACAAUUACAAGAAAACUUACAGAAAACGAUAGGUUGAUGAGGACCCAGUUCAAACAAGCUUAGACUAUCGGAGGUGGGGUAUAAAACACAAUAGGACAGGAAAUAGCAAUCAAAUAAGGUGGGAGUGAAGCAGAGCUGGAGGAGAGAGAGAGAGAGAGAGAGAGACACAGGUAGAGGUUACUCUGAGAGGUCAUAAGCUUUCCUAAAGAGUUGGGUUUUAAGGCACUUUUUAAACGAUUGCAAACUAGGGGACAGUCUGAUGGAGGUAAGCAGGCUCUUCCAUAAGAAGGGAGCCACCUGCGAGAAGUCCUGCAAGUGGGAGUUGGCCGUACGGGUGCGAGCAGCGGCCAGGAGGUGGUCACGGGCAGAGGGGAGGGAACAAGGAGGGGCAUAUCUAUGGAUCUGUGAGAUAUAAGAGGGGCUAGAAUGGUGCAGUGCUUUAUAGGUAUGGGUAAGCACUUUGAAUUGACUCCUAUAGGAUACAGGAAGCCAAUGUAAGAACCGACAGAGGUGUGAGAGGAGAUUAGGAGAGUGUUACAAUAAUCCAUGCAGGAAAUUACUAGAGCAUGGACAAGCUCCUUGGUAGCAUCUUGUAUAAGAAAUGGGCAGUUUUUAAGAUGGAAUCUACAGGAUUUUGCAACAUACAUAAUAAAGUAUGACACCAAGACAGCGCGCUCGCAAGGAUGGACUUAUGUGGAUACCACUGACUUGAAGGGAGAGUGAAAGAGGAAGAUCAGUAUUAGGAGGGGGAAAGACAAGAAGCUCAGUUUUAGAGAGAUUGGGUUUCAGAAAGUGGGAGGACAUCCAGUCAGAGAUGGAAGAAAGGCAAGCAGUGACACGUUGCAGGACGGCAGGGGAGAGGUCCAGAGAGGAGAGGUGGUAGUGGAAUCCAAAAGAGGCAAUAAGUUUGCCAAGAUAGGCAGUAUAAAGAGAAAAUAGAAGGGGACUAAGAACAGAGCCUUGGGGGACUCCAACCGAAACAGGAGGAGGUAUUAUUAGAAAAGGACACUGAAUGAGCGUUGGGAGAGAUAAUAGGAAAGCCAUGAGAGGACAGUCAGAUACCUAGUAUGACUGUUUGGCGAGUGCAAGGGCUGCCUUGUAUGAAUCUAUAAUGGAGAAAGUCUGAGUGGGUGCGAGACUUCCUCCAGGAGCGUUCAGCACAACUGGAGCAUCUUUGCAGAUAGUAUGUUGAUUUAGUAUGCCACGGUUGGGGACGUGUCCUCCUCGAGGUGCAUGUUUGGAGCGGGGCUGCAGCAUUCAAGGCAGAGGUGAGGGUAGUGUUAUAUGUGGACAUGGCCAGUGAGGGACAGGAGAGGGAAGUGAUGGAUAGCAGUUUUGAAUCGAUAUCAACUGACCGCUGCUGGAAGUCAAUAAAAUUAAGUUUCCUCCUGAGUUGAGGGGGGGGGUUAGGCUGAGGUUGUUGGGUGAGGGGGUACUCCAUAGACAAUGCCUUUUUCUCCACAGCUUUCACAAAAAAAAAAGCUUAACAGCAGUUGCAUUGCUGUUUUGUCAAUAGUAGGAAAAAGAAAUGUAGUCCAUACUUUAUCUUAUAUCUUUUGACUCCAUUGGAAUUUCAGUGAAACUGCAGGUUUUAUUUAUUUUUUCAUUUACAUCAAGCUCUAACAUACCCAAUACAGAAAGUGCAAUAAAUAAUACAAAUGUUUUACUUGAGUACAGAAACCAAAAUAGUUUGUGAAAGUGUUAAUAGAAAAUAAUUUCCUUUUGUUAUUUAAGUAGGAGCAUAGUGUUAUUUUUAAAGAUGGGAGAACCUUAGGUUUGCUAAAUAUACAUACAGAUAUGUAAAUGUGUAAUCAUAACAUAUUUGCUUGUGACCCUUCAAACAUCCUAAAUAUUCCUUAACAAUUUGUGUCUCCUUAGAAUGUGAACAAGAAGCAAGGAUGUAAUAACCAGGAAGUUCUUGCUGUUCUGGGCCAUGAGCUGGGCCACUGGAAGCUGGGACACACUGUAAAGAAUAUAGUGAUCAGCCAGGUGAGGCAUGCUUUCUCUCAUCACAUUUAUUUACAGCGUUGUGCUCCUGUUGAUUCAAAUUACACUUUUUGAAACACUGUGCAGCUUUUCAGACUGCACAUUCCAAAUGACAUAUUGGGUAUGUAGUGACUUGGUAAUUUAUGCAUGAAUGUAUGUAUGUAUUUAUUAAGUGUUCUUGCAUAGCAAGACCACUUAAUGUUAUCUCACAUAUAUAUUGUGUUCUUGCAUAGCAAGACCACUAAUUGUUAUCUCACAUAUAUAUUCUUAUUCUUAUUAUUAUAGCCAAAUUUGCCACCCUAACUCCUCCCACAGUUUUUACACUACAUAGACAAAAAUUUACCAAAACGUGCAGAUUGCUCCCGAUCGAAUUGCUAUUACUUUGUGGAACGUUUCGCCGAAUGGUUCACGGAAUAUCAUCGUUCUUGUGGCGAAAUUGGUCCCAUAGGAAUGAAUGGCAAAAUGUUCAAAACUAGAGUGGGAGCUGGCAAAAGCUGAAAAAUCAGGACAUGAUUUCUAACUGUUACCACUCCCUCAUUUUCAAGCCCACCUACACAAAUCUUAUAUCAAAACGUUCAGCUAUCCCUGCUGCCACUAUAAAUGUCCAUGGCUAAGCCAUAGUCCUUAUAGUUUUCACAAUAUGACCAUUUGUUUGCAACUUAUGCCGUCCAUUGACAUUCAUUGAAUCUUCACUCUAGCCAGCUCAAACUUGAAGGGCAAUUUCUAAACUGUGACUGUGCCUUCAUUUUCUAAUACUUCAGACACAUGCUAUGCAUCACAAUGUAGGUCUGGGUCUUGUGAUUCUCACAAUAUAAAGCUCUUCGCUGUAGGAUGUAUGGUUUUUAAAAUACGACCGUUUGAAAAUGGCAACCGCCAAAAUACUCUGACCUGUCAAGGCUGCAGCAGCAAGUGAUGUCAUAGACAGGGCCUUUUGAACACCUGCUAAUGUUUUUAUAAAUGUAUGGUUUAAUGUAACUGUGCAACAACCUUGCAAUUAAAUGUGCUAUAUAAAUGAUAACAGUUACUCCACCCACUCCAGUUGUAGACUACUGGUGGAGGCAAGAACACUUCACACAAUUUUCCCAGAAAUUGUAGCUUUUCUAGUUUAGAUUUGUGUGUGUGUGUGUGUGUAUAUGUCCAACUUGAUAUGUAGGUGAUGCACAGCAGUCACUUUCUAUUUGCACUGUGGGGUAUUUGACCUCUAGCUAUUGACUAGAUGGGUAAAUUUUAACAUGGGCACUUCACUGCACUCUGUGAUACACGUUUGUGUUAUGAUGUAAGUUUUUAAUUUCAUUUUGUUCCUCUAUGCCUGUUUGGUAAGUUUAACAGGGAGAGAGGCUUUCUCUACUUUAUUUGAUUAUUAGCAGUGAUUCCCAACCCAGUCCUCAAGGCAAACCUACCAGUCCAGGAUUUAGGGAUUACAUAGUAGUGGCUAAGGUGUUUUUAGAAAAAACACCUUAGACGCAACUGGGUCACCCCUAAAUCCUGGACUGGUAGGUGUGCCUUGAGGACUGGGUUGGGAAACACUGCUCUAGACCAGGCUUCCCUAAACUCCGGCCCUCCAACUUCAAUGAUUCUCAGCCUAUUUCAGUCAGAAUCAUGGGAGUUGUAAUUCAGCAACAACUCCCAUGAUUCUGACUGAAAUAGGCUGAGAAUCAUUGAAGUUGGAGGGCCGGAGUUUGGGGAAGCCUGCUCUAGACCGUAACCUUUCUCCCUUUAGCAUUUUUACUGGUGCUCUGGAAUCUAUAAGGCAUUAUAAGGCCAGGACUCUCUGUAUAUUGCAGAUUUAGGUGUUUAGCAACUUCAUCUCCUCACUUACUUGGGCAUGGGAGUUUCUGAUUUAUGAUUUACGUUUUUUUUUUUUUUUUAUGCCUAUCUAGUAAGUCUCACAAGGAGAGAGGCUUUCUUUAUUUUACUUUAUCAGUCUGUCUACUUUGGAUUAUUAGGGCUGUCAAUCUUUUGAACAGUGACCUUUCUCCCUUUACCACUUUUUCUGGUGCUUAGGUACUAAGGGGAGAUUUACUAACCUCCAUGUGUUAAAGGGCCAGGACUAAUUAAUAAAGCCCAUAUGAAUAUUGCAGACUUGGGUGUUUAGUAACUUUAUCUCCUCACUUACUUAGGCAUUGGAGUAGCCUUAUAAGCCUAGUUCGGUAUUUAUUAUUAUUAUUUGGAGUCACAGUUUAUUUCUGUGUGACACUUUGUAACUUUAGAUAUUAAGUGGUCUCCUUCUGGUUACAUUGUUCCAUACCACUGGAUGCUUUAUAUUCAUAGUUUGUGAACUUUUUGCUUCUUUUUUUUUCUAUAUCUUAAGAGCUUGCAAAAUAUAUCGUUCUUUUGACAAGUGGGAACUAGUAAUGCUUUCAAAUUCCACAUCCUUUCUAGCUGUUCUUUUAGUCCUUGGUACAUGUCCAACUUUAUCAGGCUCCUUCUGCUUGAUGUUCUGGUCAUCCUUCACCACUGCAGUCUUCUGUUCCUUGUCUACUACCACAUCAGGUUGGUUGGCAAGUACUUGUUCCUGUCUAGAUCUUAGCCCUGUCAUUCUCAACUACCUUUUGUGCCACCUCCUAUUUUGACUUAGGCAGGUCCAGCCCAUAUUCUAUUCAGGUGUUUCAAUACACAAUCCCAGCAAUUUGGUUGUGCCUCUCAGUGCAUGCUGUCCCUGCGAGCAACUUGCACCUGCCUACUAUGUACUGGAUUGUCUGAGGCAUUGUUGCACAGUAUGCACCUUAGGUCUUGACUGGUGUGGGAGACUGCCACUUCUGUUGACCUAUUACCCUAGUGCCUCUUUUGGUGUUGCCUGGAUUAGUGCCUCAGGACUAUCUUUAAUAUUCUUGCUUUUUCGAAACACUGUCAGGGUAGAUCAAUGGAGAGGUUUGUCUUGCCAUUGCACCUCCUCCUUUUCUGCAUCCUUUAUCUCAGGUAUUCUCUUAGCAGUAUGUAUUUUUGAAGUCAUCUUUGUGAUGUACUUGUGGAUGCUCUUUCAUCCAGGACUGUGGUCUGGCACUCAUCAGCUCAUGCCUUUUUAUUUCUGAAAUCUUCCAUUCAUCAUGAGUAGUUUCUGGGUUGUGAUAUCCCUGGUGUUCAACUCUUCUCUUGGCCAUGUUAUUAAUCCUGCUGGCUACCUGAUGACUGGUACGGUGUAUGUGUUAAUGGUGUGGACAUUGAGGCUUCAUGACCUGUCUGACUCUGAGGGUACUUGGAUGUUGCUGUCUUCCUAACCACAAACCUUUGGCAACCAUGAGAAAGAGGCAUCUCCAGGUACUUGUUCUGUGUCACCUAUUUGGUCCUAUUGCACUUCAACUCAUUUAGUCCUUAUCAGCUCUCCUCAUUUUGCUAUCAUCCGUACACAUUUAUCUAGUCCGAAUGACAUUCGGAUGUCCCGGCUGUAUAUCCGAGUUAGAUGGAUUAGUGAUUUAAUGUCCCACUCACUCUUGGAAUACAGCUUGAUGUCUGCUUUUUAUUUGGAAAAUUUAACUUUUCUUUCGAUGAGCAGCCAUAUUGGGUUUUUUAUUUGACCUACUGCUACUCAGCUUGCCUGUUGCUACAGUUUCACAUAGAAUAAUCAGAGCUGCAGGCAAGUCAGGUUGAGCAACAGUUUGGAAGAACACAGUAGUCUGACCCAACAUAAGUGACCAUUUCACAAAUGUAAUAUUUAAAAAAAUAAAAAAAAUAAAAAAUAUGAAGAGUGAAAAUGUUGUCCUUUUUAAUUGUCAUCUGUGAUGCUAUAACAAUUGUAUUCACUUAUUAAGCAUAAUCUAAUUCAAUUUGUACAAAGUUAAGACAUGAAGCCAUAUUCUUUUUGUUUUAUAUCUAACUUGUUCUGCAACAAAUGUCACAAUUAACUUUUUUUUUUGCACCUGCAAAGUCACUUAAAAAAAAAAGUGACUGCUAAAUGCAGUCUCAACAAAUUAAAAAAAAAAAUAUAUAUAUUAAAGAACCACUCCACACCCAUGAAGUACUUCAGCUUGCUGAAGUCGUGUUUUUUUUUUUUUUUUGUUUUGUUUUUAAUAGGUGAGGAGUGUCCUCUAUUUACCAAAUUACCCACGUGCUGUUGAAAUUAGAACUUUUCUAAAUAGUCUAUGCAACACCCAGGGAGGCUUACUCUUUUUGUGGACACAAGGUGGCGCUCAAGUACCCGUGCUCACAGAUUCAGAAGCCUCUAAAUGGCUCUUUCCUCUAGAAGAGGUUAUUGAUGUCUUCCAUUGAAAAAGAGGAUUGCAGAGGCUCCUGUUCAUAAAUAGAGCUUGCAAAAGAUGCAGUUCUUAAGAAUACAUUCACAUUUAACUUACCUCCACAGUACCUUCAUGUUGCAGCAACUUUUUGCAUUUAGACACGUACUGGAGAAAUAAGGAAUGUGUGCUUUAGAGCUUGGUGUAUUCUCCAACAGUGUUGCAUAUGCUGUGCAUACAUCACUGCAAGUAUUAACAAAUGUUAGCGAACAGAAAUGGAAUUCUAAUUUAAAAAAAAAAAAAAGCUAUAGCCUACUCCUAGCAACUAUUAGGUUGUACUUAAAGGGACAUUUCCUCUUUAAAGGGACACUAUAAUCACGAGAACAACUACAGCUUAUUGUAUUUGUUCUGGUGAGCAGAAUCAUUACCUUCAGGCCUUUUGCUGUAAACAUGGUCUUUUCAGAGAAAAUGCAGUGUUUACAUUACAGCCUAGUGAUAACUUCACUGGCCACUCCUUAGAUGGCUGUUAGAGAUCCUUCCUGGGUCAUGGCUGCCUAAAAUGCAUCCAAACAUUCAGUAUCCCUUUUCAUGCAGACACUGAACUUACCUCAUAGAGAUUCAUUGAUUCAAUUCAUCUCUAUGAUGAGAUGCUGAUUGGCCGGGGCUAUGUUUGAAUUGUGCUGGCUCUGCCCCUGAUCUGCCUCUGUCAGUCUCAGCCAAUCCUAUGGGGAAGCAUUGUGAUUGGUUCAGGCUACCACUUCUGCUGAUGUCAGCAGGCAGUGGGCAGGUCUAAAGGAAACUGGGACAAAGUAUGCAGGUGCAGACUUGAAUACAAAGUAAGUUUUACUAUUUUUAGAGAGUCAUGAGGGUGGCUAGAUGGUGGUUUUAACCGUAUAGGGUCAGGAAUACAUGUUUGUGCUUCUCUAAGAAUUUUAUAUAAAAAAAAAAAUUUGUGAUCCUACUGCAAAAUGUCCUACUUAUCAUAUUAUGGCAGGGCUGUAUAGAGCUGCAGUUUUAAAUAUGAAUGACAACUCAUGCUGGAGUAGUAUUGUAAGGAGGACAAGAUUGUGACGAAGGCAAACAAAAAACGAGUAACAUAGAAGCUAUGUUUUUGCUAUACUUGUACUUAAUAUGCGAUGCUUUGACACUCCGCAAUAAACUUAUUUUGCUCCUCCAGGUGAAUUCAUUCCUGUGUUUUUUCCUAUUUGCCAUACUGAUUGGCCGUAAGGAACUUUUUGCUGCUUUUGGAUUUUACAAUUCACAACCCAUCCUGAUUGGUCUGAUGAUUAUUUUCCAGUUUAUUUUCUCUCCUUAUAAUGAGGUAUUUAUCACGUCUGCAUGUCUUAAAUUGAAAGUUUUUGUGUUCAGUUUCAUGUUUUAAAUUCAUGCACAGAAAUUAAAACUAUCUUUAACCCAGGGGAAGUGUGGGCAGGUUCUGUCGCUGCUUAUGUGUUUGAGGUGCAAGCCAGGUCUCUUCUCGAAAAAAAGGAAAAUGCCUUAAACCACAUAGAUAAAAGGAGGGGUGGGGGGGGGAAUGCUUUUUAACAUCAUGACUGGGACAUGCAAGCAGAGAUCUAUAGUUUCAUACUAUGCAAUAGUCCUAAACACAAGCAACCUGUGAAUAUAAUGGAAGAAAUUUAACUGUGAUACUGUAAAAAAAAAAAUUAAUUUCUUUUUAAUCAUGUAUGGUUAUUUUCUUGCAGGUGCUCUCAUUUUGUCUCACAGUAUUAAGCCGAAGAUUUGAAUUCCAAGCUGAUGCGUUUGCCAAGAAUCUUGGCAAGGCAAAAGACUUGUAUGCUGCACUAAUUAAGCUAAAUAAAGAUAAUUUAGGAUUUCCAGUGUCUGACUGGAUAUUUUCAAUGUGGCAUUAUUCCCACCCUCCUUUAUUGGAAAGAUUGCAAGCUUUAAAAAGUGAGAAGAAAGACUGACAGUGAAUUGUCAUUGAAAAGCUUUAAUAUUAAAAUACAUUGUGGGAGUUUUUCUUUUGAUUGAUUCAUUAUGUUCUUGUUUAAAAUCUAAAUUUGCAUCUGCCUGAGUGACAUACUAUGGAAACAUUUUAAUAACCUGCAAGGCAAUGUAUAAAAUAAUUGUACAUUACAUUUUUGUAAAAAAAAAAAAAAAAAAUGAAAAAAAGUAUGUUGAUGGAUUUUAAUUGAAUGUUUACAAAACUAUACUUUACUUUGCGUUUAAAUUGAAUUCUAGUAAUACACGUUAACAUUUUGCAAAUAGUUGAGCAGUGGUUAUUCUUGUGCCAAUAAACAAGAAUAAUUUUAUUGUAAUAUGAAACAAAUGCCUUUCUUUCUUUUCUUCUUUUUUUUUUUUUUGUGAUUUAGAUUUCAAACCAGUGUACACAAAUGUAAAUGAAAAAUGUACAAGUAAAAAAAAAAUGGGUAUUUUUUUUUUCUUUUUUCAAAUUUGUAUUUCACUUUUUUUUUUUGUGUACAUCAUUUUCUCUGUGAAUAAACUGAUCUGAG